AGUCACCGUCUCACUUUUCCCAAGAUUUAAAAGAUACCAAGGACAACACAACAGGCAGAGAGGGAGGGGCGCUGAAAACAUUCAAGCCAGUGUGACUCAUUGGUUGAAGAACAGCGUGCAGUAAGGAGCCAGCGGCAGUGGAUUGCGCACCGUGGUGUUACCGUUGAAGGAGAUGCUCUGGGAUUUGGUCACGAGUAUCCGACCGACCCUCGGCUCACGAGAGGAGCGGAGGCUAGAGUGAGAUAGACUAGGCAGAGACAGGAGGAGCAUCGUAACCCCGUGGCAUGGUGGUAGUGGUAGUAGCGCUAGCGUAGAACUCCGCGCUGUUUAAAAGCCGAGCUCGGUGGUGGAUCACGGCAGUGGGCUUGUGUGGUGAGAACUUCAGGCACGGCGAUCACGCACUCUACUCCGGCUGAGAAGUUUUGAUGGAUCACUUCCAGUUUUUCCAGUCUCCAGUUGCUUCCGCGAGGGAGUGGUGGUAUAACAGAGUGUGGAAGGAGGAGCCGUAUGACGAUGGCGACGAUGAAAUGGAGGAUCGGCUCAAGGACUCGGACGACACGAGCAGCCAGUACUCUGAGAAUGUCGUUGUGCUGAAGGUUGGGAUCCAUUGCGAGGAGUGCAAGAGGAUCGUAGGAGACGCUCUCUGGGCUAUGCAAGGAGUGGAUCGAGUGGAUGUUGACAAGCUGCGACAGAAGGUCACUGUGACCGGCAAAGUGAGCACCAAGCGAGUUCUUCGCACCGUUCAGAGGACUGGGAAGCGCGUAGAGCUGUGGAAGAUUGGAGGAGAUUCUAAGCGAGAGGCCAGUAGCUCUGAGAUCUCUGCUGCUCAUUCUCAUCACGUAGGAGCCGCCAACGAAGACGAGGAAGAAGAAGAAGAGUCUCUUUGCACGAUAAUGUGAAAGAGAGAGAGAGUGGAGUCUUUGCUUUGUAAAUCCAAAGAAUGCUAAGUAUUGCUGCU